CAUUAUUUGAGAUUUUCGGUUUAUCGCCUGAAAAAAAGGCUUUUCUCCCACUGUUCUUCAACAGCAGAAUGUGACUGCGCUCACCCGCGUCGGUUCCUGGAAUUCCUCGAUCCGUCGUCCAUUCCAAAACCCGCCGUGUAACUACCUAACCGCAUCAUGUCGGACCAGUUCCUUAGCUUUCGAGACCAGGACCCGGAGGCCCGCGAGGCCAUCCUGGCCCAGCACCUCAACCCUCAGUUCACUGCCUCAUUUCAGGAGGAAAGUCAUACUCCGCCGGAAGAUUCUGGUGGUGAUGUCGAAGAUACCACCGAACCACACUCGUCCCUUUGGCUUCAAGGAGGCGAUGUACACCGAGACCUCUACCGAAUCGAAGCCAAGUCAAAGCAAGCGAAGCUCGAUAGACGAGCCGCGAGCUUUUCUUUUCCCUUACGGGUCCCCGAAGAUGCAAUCGAAGAGGGCGUUGCAGCUCUCGAGCCCGGUAGUUUCCGUCGUCAUUUCGUGCAACAGCACAAGAACGGGAAUUUCGAGUAUCCCGGGGUGACGACGUCCUUCCUCGAUUUCUUGGAUCUAUAUGGGAACUUUGCUGGAGAAGAUUUGGCUGAGACCGAAGAAGGCUCGGUAACGAGCGAAGACCGGGAAAGCAGGAGAUCACCCUCAGAGCAAACUCCCCUGUUGAGGGCCCGGAGACGCUCUCGAGUCGGCCGUCCGGGUGACGCGUCUAAUACGAAGACAUUCUUUACGCUCCUAAAAGCCUUCGUUGGUACAGGAAUUAUAUUCCUACCCAGGGCGUUCCGUAAUGGCGGGAUCCUUUUUUCCUCGGUAACGCUGGUGUUGGUUGCGGGGAUCACCACCGUCUGCUUUCACCUCCUUCUCCAGUGUCGUCAACAGUAUGGUGGCGGCUAUGGCGAAAUUGGGGAGCGGAUUGCUGGUUCUAAGCUUAGGUCCCUUAUCCUAUCAUCCAUCGUCAUCUCGCAGAUGGGCUUCGUGUGUACGUGUUUUAUCUUCACCGCGGAAAAUUUAAAAGCGUUCCUACAGGCGAUGGCAACCGAUAUUUCAACGGGGAGCCUGAUCUUACUGCAACUAGUCGUGCUUAUCCCCUUGGCGUGGAUCCGGAACAUCUCCAAGCUCGGUCCAGUGGCGUUGCUUGCCGAUGCGUUCAUUCUCCUGGGGUUGGGGUAUAUCUACUGGUAUGCCAUUGCAACCCUCGCAUCGCGACCCGGGAUCGAUCCGACCGUGGAGCUAUUCAACCCCAAGUCGUUUACGUUGACCAUCGGUUCGUCGAUCUUCACAUUCGAAGGGAUCGGACUUGUGUUGCCCAUCCAGUCGUCCAUGAGACGGCCGCAGCAUUUCGACCGCCUUCUAUAUCUAGUGAUGAUGAUUAUCACUGUUCUCUUCACGGCGGUCGGCGCAUUGUCCUAUGCGACAUUUGGGGUUCGGACCCAGACGGAGAUCUUUAGUAAUUUCCCGCAAACGGACCGACUCGUCAAUACGAUUCAGUUCCUAUACUCGUUGGCAAUUCUCGUCGGGGCGCCCAUCCAGCUGUUCCCAGCUACGCGCAUCAUGGAGGGCAAACUCUUCGGUCACAAGUCGGGGAAAGGCGACCCGUCGAUCAAAUGGAAGAAAAAUAUCUUCCGGAUGUUCCUCGUGUUGUGCUGUGGGUUCAUUUCUUCCGUCGGCGCGGGGGAUUUGGACAAGUUUGUGUCGAUCAUUGGAUCGUUUGCGUGUGUUCCACUGGUAUACAUUUAUCCAGCGUAUUUGCAUUGGAAAGGAGUUGCGGAGUCCCCGUGGGUGAAACGGGGGGAUAUCGCUAUGAUGUCUCUGGGAUUCGUGUUCAUGGUCUACACUACCAUAGCUACGCUGGCUGUUUGGAUCCAAGGGAGUAUGUGAUGGACUUCUUUUGGUAGGGGGUUGAUCGUAUGAAUCAUUGCUUCGAACUUGAUAUAGAGUGGGGCCCAUCUUGCAUCCAAAUUUAUCCUCACUGCCCCUCACCAUGCAUAACGGACAGGAUUAUGACACAACAACUAAAUAAACAGAAAAGAAAAAAAAAAAGUGAAAUAUCGGGGUGCUAUCACUUUACUAUGUUGGGAUUGUGAAUCUAUAGAUCCUAUAAGAGGUACCAAUGCCAUAGCUUGCUCUGUUCACCUGCACUCGUAGUUUGUAUGUAAACACCAUAUCUCAUGAUUCCUACACAUCCCCCAUUUCAUGUUGAACGAGAUACAUCCUAUAGCUCGUCAUGCCGUGAUCCUUUCCCCAAAUGACCCUCCUCCCUCCACCAUGGUUCAGACACAGUGCGAAUAGAAUUAGUACCGCAAUGAACCUCCCCGCCGUCCCGAUGAUGCGAAUACCAAUUAUCGAUAUACGUGACCUGAUAUCCAAUGCGUCCGUAUACCGCAUUGCUGGCCUCAACCAUGAUAUCAACCCCGCUGAUGACCGGCCCCCACGGAUUCG